UGGUGGUGGUGGGUCGUUAGUGCAGAACACGCAGCGGGGUGAGGGAGGUUGUGUAUUGAUGGCAGGGUGUCGUCGGACCGCAAGUGCUCAUAUAGUGACUGGUUGUGAAGAACAAGUGUUUUUUUGAAAAUUAUGUUGCUCAAGAGACUGCCUUUGAUGUGAACUUUGGUAUUGUUUACGGACUAAAUGUCAUUUGUUAUAAGGUUAUGCAUCUGACGUUUGAGUGCAUCUCCACUUUGUAAUUAACGAAACAAAACCUCUCUACUCAGUGAAGGAUACGGCUUACCUGGACCAAACGAUAGCAUUUAACUUACGUUUUACUACAUACGUUUGGACAGUCUGCCGCUGCCAUAUAACGAUCCGUUUUGCAACGCUCUAUAAUGGAAAGAAUAUAGAGAUAUAUUAUCAUGGGAUGCAGAUCUGCAAAUUCUGAGCAUCUGCUGCAUUAACUUUUAUGAUGCCAUUACAUGGAAGAGGCCAUUUCUGUUGUUAAUAAAAUGGGUAUUAUUACCACAGCAGUUGCACUUCUUGUACUGAAUUAUGCUAAAGGUCACCAAGUAUAUGAAUCCAGGAUCUGUGCUGAGAAAAAUGUUCAGAUGCACCAUGCACCUGAUUCGCAUGAAUAUUUGAGCACAUUUAAAGCAGAGGAAAAUAGCACACAUACCAACAAAACAUGCGAGAGAUCUACGAAUUUCUGUUACGCGUACUGGGAGACCAACGGGACUGCUGUUACUUUCAUAAAACAAGGUUGUUGGGAGGUUUCUGGGAAGAGUGACUGCAUUCAGACAAAAUGCAUUGCUGACAAACCAUCAGCUGCACGAAACAAUUCAAGAUUUUGCUGCUGUUCAGGCAACUUGUGCAAUGUGAACUUCAUUGAUGAUUAUGUUAUGCCCACAGAGGACAUUACUACUGCCCUGUCACGUGCUACAAGUUUAAUGGAACCUGCUGACGAUGGAUAUCGAACUAUUCUCAUUGCCUUAGUUUGUGGCCUUGUACUAGUGUUAAUUUCUGUGGGUGUUGGAGUAAUCGUUUUGUGGAAAAUACAUGAAGCCUCUAUUUACAAGCAGACAGCUGAUGCUGUUCAUCUUAUGGACAAUGGAAGUCCAGGAAAUUACCAAUCUGACACCUAUGCCUUGGAGCACCUAAAAAUAUCCACAAUUGUAGGCCAGGGGCGAUAUGGAUGUGUGUUUAAAGGAACAUUGCUUGACAAGGAAGUUGCUGUAAAAAUAUUUCCAGGCCACCACAGACAAUACUUUCAUAAUGAACGUGAUAUCUAUUGCUUACCAUUCAUGGAUAAUCCUGCUUUGUUAACAUAUUUUGGGUCAGAUGAACGUGUGAGUGCUGAGGGAUACAUUGAUUACUUGCUGGUGCUUUCAUAUGCCACAAAUGGCUGCCUUCAGGAUUAUCUCAGGAGUAAUUUGGUGGACUGGAAUUGUUUAUGUAGAAUGGCACUAUCUGUUGCAAAGGGUCUAGCUCACCUACACACAGAUAUCCGUAAAGGAGACAAAUUUAAGCCAUGUGUAACACACCGUGAUCUCAACUCAAGAAAUAUUCUUGUGAAAGCAGAUUUAUCAUGCUGUCUUUGUGACCUGGGAUUUGCCAUGAAGAUUUCUGGUUCAAAGUAUUUUUACAACGGUGAAGAGCAGCAUGCAGAAACAAAAUCGAUCAAUGAUGUUGGCACCUUACGCUACAUGGCACCAGAAGUAUUAGAGGGAGCAGUGAACCUUAGAGAUUGUGAAUCAUCACUAAAGCAGAUAGAUGUGUAUGCAUUAGGAUUAGUGCUAUGGGAAAUAGCAACACGGUGCGCAGAUCUAUAUCAGCUUGGCACCUCUGUACCUCCUUAUAGUAUGCCUUUUGAAGCUGAAGUUGGUCACCAUCCAACAUUUGAACAGAUGCAGGUGCUUGUCUCUCGACACAAAGCUCGUCCUUUGUUUCCGGAGGGGUGGCGUGACUGGGCUGCUGUGAGGCUGUUGAGAGAAACAAUAGAAGACUGCUGGGACCAGGAUGCAGAGGCAAGAUUGACUGCCCUCUGUGUUGAAGAGAGGAUUCAAGAACUGCCAUCACUUUGGGAUCGCAUGAGAGCAGCUAUAACAACAUCAGGAAUGAGUCCUACUGUCAAUCCUACAGUCAAUCCCACGUUCACAUCUACAACGCUGAGUCAGCUACCUGGUGUAGUUCGGACUACCAAUAACAAUAACAACAGCAGCAGUGGCACCAAUACCAACUAUAACUACAAUAAUAAUUCAAGUAACAUGGGUCAUAUGAUCAGUUCUGGAUUACAUGAGAAGCAACUACCAGAUUCUCUGGAAAAUACUGAUUAUUCUGUUAAGUCGGGAAGUGGAACUUGUGGCAAAGAUGCCUGCGAGUCCAAUUUGUCUGAAGGCACUAUAGAAACUACUGUGACAAUAUCUCCUUCAGAUUCUCAUGCAGAGUCUUCAUAUAAAAAUUCAAAUCAGACAUUUGUUCCACCCGGAGGCACGCACACUUUUCCUUUGUCUUCUGGGCUAACUUCUUCAGUGCAACAUCAGAGAGCAUCACUGCAGCCAUAUCAAGGACGAAAUCCAUGCAUGGAGAGGAAUUUGAUGCUGACAGCACCUUCAGACGAGGACUUAGCUUGUAAUGGAAAUACGUUAGUUGACAGGUCUUUCAAGCAUGCUUCUGCUAGUAAUUAUUUAAUAAACACUGCAUUGUAUGAGCCUCAGGCACUUGUUUCACAUGAUUAUCUUAGUACAUCACAGUUGACAGCUGGUAACAAUAGCAUAAGACCUGCAACACCCAUUCCUUAUGUACAAAAUGCUGUCUAUGACACAAAUUCUACAUGUACCGGAAUUCCAAAACAACCCAAUAUUCCUGGAAAUGGCUCAGCUGUUGUUGAUGGUGUAACACAUACUAAAAGUUCACAUUGGUCAAACUGGGGAAAAGGUAGUAGUAGAUGGGAGGGAUUUAAAAAAUAUUUAGAUUCAAAAACAAAAUCACUUUUUGGCAUGUCAAAGGAACGAGAAGCCCAUACUGUUGAUUCAGGGAAUACUGUUGUAAAGGAAUUUGAUGAGGUGGAUGACGAUGUGAAAUCUAACUUAUUAGCUCGCCAAACUUCGGUUACUGUAGCUCCUUUAUCAAAAAGAUCCCCAGUAUUAAUGGAAACAAAGGUUUGUGUUUCACCACCUGAUAAACUUGUGAAUGGUGUUAGUACAAAUACUGGUGUAGUUACAUCUGUAAUGUCACCAUUGAUCUCAACUACAAAUAGAAAUGACAAUGAAAAUAAAGACAGCAAAGUGACAAAGAGUCAGAGACCAUGUACAUUAGCACUGACACCUGCAAAACCAACAAUGGUGUGUGAAGAUACGUCUGUUGCUGUGUCUCGCCAGAAUCUCAAGGAACAGAUCCAUCAAGUUUUCCGCAACAGAAGUAAUGAAAAUGCAUCUCGUUUAAAGGACCCAAAUUUAAGGGUGAAGACUCCUGGUGAUGUUCCACCUUCUGUUAGGAGAAACCGUGGUAAAGGAGGUACUGCACGGUUUUCAUUAUAUGAUGAUAGAAUGAUGAUUACUAAAGAAUUCAGUAAAACUUCAUGUGCAAAUACAGAUCUGAAAACUAAUAGCAGUCAAAUUUUUUCAAGCUCAGUACCAACAAACAUUGACAUUUCUUGUAGUUCAGAGAUACUUGAAAAGGUUGUGCCCUAUUCCUCGCAGAAUGACAGAAAACUGAAACUUAGAAGUAAUGACGCAUGUAGCUGCUAAAACUGUUGAUAAAACGAAAGAUAUUGCAAUUGUGAUAUUAUAAGAGCUUUCAGUAAAUUGUACUUUUAAGCAAGUUUUGGGCUGCACAAAAGUUUCUAUCAACGUCAGGAGCUUUAUAUUUAGGUAACUUAUGGGCUGUAUAGAAGUUUCUGGCAAUGUCAGGAGCUUUAUAUUUAGGUAACUUAUGGGCUGCAUACAAGUUUCUGGCAAUGUCAGGAGCUUUAUAUUAAGGUAACUUAUGGGCUGCAUACAAGUUUCUGGCAAUGUCAGGAGCUUCAUAUUUAGGUAACUUAUGGGCUGCAUAGAAGUUUCUGGUUGUGCCAGGAGCUCAAUAUUUUAAGAAACUUUUGGGCUGCAUCAAAGUUUCUGGCAAUGCCAGGAGCGUGAUACAUAGUGAGGAUCAUUACUUGUAAUAUAGUUGUAACUUCCAAAGAUGUAAGUAAGGCCUCCUGUGAUUAAUGAAAGAAAGGUACUGCAUUGUUUUUCUUUAUAUUUGCUAAGUUUCUUCAGAUCUCCAGUGAAUAUUUCAUUUUGUCUGUAGCACUUGGUUUUAUCAUUACUAUUAAAUAACAGAUGUUGAAUGCAUUAUGCAGGGACUUAUUGUCAGUGUCUGGAAUUGCCACUUGUUAUAGCUGAAUAUCAUCAGUUUUUCUUCAUUUUCUUGUGGCUCUGCAGUCUUUCAUUUGUGUCAUCAGUUCAUAAUUAUGAUUGAACUGAAAGUGUAAAAUAGCUUAUAGCAGUUAGUUGCAACUGAUUAAUAUUUCUUUAUAAUAUUUUAUCAUUUUGUAGAGAGAUUACUUCUGUAACUAUACAUCCUUGACAGAAUACUGCCUUUGUUAGUCACCAUUUUAGACCCACAAGUUAUUGUACAUAAUCUGCUAUGAUUUCAAGUGUUUCUUGCUAUGUAAGUUAUUUUCAUCCCAAUCCAUCAGAAAGGUAAGAGAGAGAGAGAGAGAGAGAGAGAGAGAGAGAGAGAGAGAGAGAGAGAGAGAGAAAACAGACAUAAUGUUUAUGUUUAAGUGUUGCAUUGUCAUACAGAGAUCAUUCAUUUAGAAUGUUGUAUAAGUAAGUGAAUGUAUUCCAUAUUCUAAUUUUAUGUGAAGACAAGUAAGGCAGUUCCCAUUUUCUACUGCCUGUAAGGAAGUAUGUGAUGCAGUUUCACACUGCUCAUCCUUCAACUGACAGUUAAGCAAUAGCAGUCCAUGAACCAAGAGCAAAAUGUUGAGGUUAAAUGAUUUAUCUGGGCUGUUAUAGUUAAGGCCAAAUUUUCCAAGAAAAUUCAGUUUCAGUUGGAACAAAAUGCUAACCUUUUUCUCAUAUUUUUGGUCCGUCACAGGUACUCUGAGCACCAGUUGUUGUGUUCUCUCUUUAUGUGCUGAAAGACUCUUGAUCUCAGACAGAAUUAUUCAUGUAACCAGCAAGAGAUGCAAUUGCAUGUGAAAUCACAAAUGAACUGCAAGUGAAAAAUUACUAUUGCUGUAGACUCAAAUAAAUUUUACAGCUUAUCAUGCUUAUUAUUUGAACUGGGGCUAUUCCUGUGGUCUGAAAAUAGUUACGUCUCAUUGGCAUUCAGAUCUGUAAUUACAGCAUUGUAAUGUGUAAAUGGCACAUUAACGGUUUAUGAAAUUUUAUGACUAAAGAGUGUUCUUAAAUUCUAAUCGAGUUUUACCUUUGCAUCCUGCCAGUUCAGAAAGAUCCUAAAUUUUGUGAGUGGUUCAAUGUAUAUUCAUACCCAGUGGUCAAAUUUUAUGACAAAGUGA